CCUUGAUCUAUUUACGUUGCUUAAGGUCGAAGAAGCAAAAGCUUAGCACGGUUGUCACUUUUCCAUUGGUUUAGGACUUUAUUUUCCGUUUGGAAUCAGUCCGUUUCAGUUGGGCGCAGUAAUCUUGCCAGCCCCAGAAUCUCUAAGCGCAGUUCCAGAGGAAAGUAAGAAUAAUAAGAAGAAUCUUGAAUCUUUGACACGCUUCACCUUGUACUUGGUCUCCUACACGUGGUAACUCCCUAUUGGCUUUGUUCAAAGGUUUCAACUAUGAUGCGUGGUAGUUUUAAUCCACUUGAGAUAUUAUAUUGCCAUCUCUUCUCUUUCUUUUGCAAAGAAAGGAAACAAAAGCACGUUCUUGGUCUUAUGCUGAUUACAUACAAAUAAUAUCAUAGAUUGUUGAAGACAUUCAGCGUCUCUUCCUUCUUCACUGGAACUAGCUAAAAUUAAUCGAUCUGCAAAUCGAUAUGCGCACCAAAUGGCAGGCAGCAACCAACCUUAUUUUUUAUUGUAUAUCUUUUAUCUAGAUGCAUUUUGUUUCUUGACAGUGGAAAGGACCCACCCUUUGUAUCAUUUUAUCUAUAAUAAUAUGCAUGGCUGAUUAGAAAAAAAAAAAAAUAUAUAUAUAUAUAUAUAUAUAUCAUAGAUUGCAUCUUAUUCUGGGUAUUGUUUACUGUUUAAAGAGCAUAGCUUUCAAAGGCGGUUGAAUUCGCUUUCUGAGUUUAAAUAAAAGCUCGCAACAAGUCUAGCAUCACCCUUGAAACUCUCUGUUCAUUCAAAGGACAGUUUUUUUUGGGUGAGUUUCAAUUCCAAUUUCGUUUUUUGUUAUGUAUGUUUUCACCGUUCUUAAGGUGAGAAAAAGGUUAAACUUGGUAGGAAUUAGCUAGCUCACGGUGUUGGAAGCGAUAUGGCCAUAAAGGAAAAAGGGUUUGUCAAAGGUUGUCUCCCUGAGGAACUAAAGAAAGUGCUUCGAUCGGUGGCUGCAAACUGGGGGGACGUGAUGGAUGAUAUGCAGGCGUUGCAGGUGAUCCAAUUGAGCGGUGCAAUGACCAAUGAGGUUUACCAGAUAAACUGGCCUACAAAGAAUGGUGAGGUUGUUAGAAAGGUCUUGGUUAGGAUUUAUGGUGAAGGAGUGGAGGUUUUCUUUAACAGGGACGAUGAGAUUAGGACGUUUGAGUGUAUUUCAAAGCACGGCCAGGGGCCUCGCCUUCUCGGUCGCUUCCCGGAUGGGCGGGUUGAGGAGUUCAUUCAUGCUAGGACAUUAUCUGCGGCUGACCUCCGAGAUCCUGAAAUAUCUGCUCUCAUAGCUGCUAAGAUGAGAGAGUUCCACAAUCUUGAUGUGCCUGGUCCAAAGAAUGGAUUUGUCUGGGACAGAAUGAGAAACUGGCUCUGUGAGGCCAAAAGUUUGUGCUCUCCUCGAGACGCCGAGGAAUUUUGCUUCAAUUCUCUAGGGGAGGAAAUUAGUAUGCUAGAGAAAGAGUUGUCACAGGAUCAUCAAGAGGUUGGAUUUUGUCACAAUGACCUGCAAUAUGGUAAUAUAAUGAUGGACGAAGAGACAAGAUCAAUCACUAUAAUCGAUUACGAGUAUGCAAGUUACAACCCUGUUGCUUAUGACAUAGCAAAUCAUUUCUGUGAAAUGGCUGCAAAUUACCAUUCUGAGACACCUCAUAUUUUAGACUAUAGUCAAUAUCCAAAUCUGGAGGAGCGCCAAAGAUUUGUGAGCAUAUAUCUGAGUUCAGCAGGCAACCUACAAAGUGACACAGAAGUGGAGCAGCUAGUUCACGAUGUGGAGAAAUACACUCUUGCAAACCAUCUCUUUUGGGGCUUAUGGGGAGUUAUUUCAGAUUAUGUGAACAAGAUUGAUUUCGACUACAUGGAGUAUGCAAGGCAGAGAUUUCAUCAGUACUGGCUGAGGAAACCAGCAUUAUUGGGCUAUUCAUGAAGUGCUUGGCAAACUCGUAUAAAAUUUCAUGAUUUCCUAGAUUUGGAAUUGGUAAGAAUCUAAACAUGUAGUAAUCCGCAUACGGCAGAGAAGCUGUUGUUAGAUCCACUUGUAACAUUAUAAUACUCCUUAUAAUAAUAAUAAAGUGUGUUUCCACUGCU